AUGUCAAACCUUCGUUAUUUUCUCUACGAUGAAGUUUGUAUUCACAAUAAGAAGGAUGAUUUUUGGAUUGUAAUUCAUGGCAAUGUUUUCGAUUUGACGCCAAUGUUGAGCGAUCGUCAAGAUUCGUGGAAUAAAAAUCUAGAUUAUCUAUUGGCCUUUGGGGGCAAAGAUCUAUCGCAUUUCUUUCACCUGAAUCACGAGCCAAUAACAGAGAUUUCUGGUCGAUCCGGCAAACCACGUGUAUUAUUUCCACCCAUCUUAGAGACGGCUCAAAGUGACUUUUGUAGGACUCCUUGUAAAUUAUGGAGUCAGGAUCCCAGGUAUCACAUUGGUCGUAUAACAAAGAGGGAGCGGAAAAUCCGCAUUAUUAAUACCCUAACGGGAUCAACCACCCUAAUGAAGGUAUGCAAUGAGGAUAGCAUUUAUGAUAUACAACGGAAAUAUAAGGAACGUUAUAAUCUUCAUGCUGGCAGCUAUUUAUGGCGUAAAUUUUCCUAUGGUGGUCAUUGUCCGGGAAAUUUGAAAUUACACGAAACCCUUGAUGGCAAUGGCCUGCUGGAUGAAGAGGAAUCUGAUAUCGAAUUACCACCACCAUCCAUUUGGCUAUAUUACACGGAUGAUUUGACAGUGGCCUGAG